CAGACAGCAGGAGGACCAGUGCUCUGAUGGAAGAGCAGACACACGCCGGGCUCCAGCACACCAAGAGCGACAGCAUGUGUGAGUCCACCCAGAGGUCCUGCGAGCCUCGUCGGAAGAGGAUGGAUGAGCGCGGCGCUCCGUCAGAAAUGGCCCGGAUAAUCACGGAUCCUGCCACGGGGAAGUGUUACUGCCGUGGGAAAGUUUUGGGAAAGGGAGGCUUUGCCAAAUGCUAUGAGAUGACCGACCUUUCCACCAGCAAAGUUUACGCAGCCAAGAUUAUUCCACACGCGCGCGUCUCCAAACCGCACCAACGGGAGAAGAUUGACAGAGAAAUCGAGCUACACAGAUUGCUGCACCACAAACAUGUUGUGCACUUUUAUCACCAUUUCGAGGACAAGGAGAACAUCUACAUCCUUCUGGAAUAUUGCAGUAGAAAAUCACUUGCCCACAUCCUGAAGGCUCGUAAAGUACUUACUGAGCCAGAGGUGCGUUAUUACUUGAGGCAGAUUGUCUCCGGGCUGAAAUACCUGCAUGAGCAAGAAAUCCUUCACAGAGACCUUAAAUUGGGUAACUUCUUUGUGAGCGAGUCGAUGGAGCUGAAGCUCGGUGACUUUGGUCUGGCUGCCAAGUUGGAGCCGGCGGGACACAGGAGGAAGACAAUCUGCGGGACUCCCAACUACCUGUCCCCUGAGGUGCUCAACAAGCAGGGCCACGGCUGUGAAUCAGACAUCUGGGCCUUAGGCUGUGUAAUGUACACUAUGCUGCUGGGCCGACCACCAUUUGAAACCACCAACCUGAAGGAGACGUAUAAGUGCAUUAGAGAGGCGCGUUACACACUUCCCUCGUCCCUGUCUCCACAAGCUAAGCAGCUGAUUACAAGUCUGCUGGCCAAGAUUCCAGAAGACCGACCCAACCUGGACUAUAUUCUGAGGCACGACUUUUUCACUCAGGGCUUCAGUCCAGAGCGUCUGCCGCCUAGCUGCUGCCACUCACCUCCAGAUUUCCACAUAUCCAGUCCUGCCAAGAGUUUCUUUAAGAAAGCUGCUGCUGCACUGUUUGGUGGGAAGAAGGACAAAGUCAAAUACUACGAUUCGCUGAAUAAGUUAACCAAAGAGGAGGAAGAGAUCUACAAACUGCAGCAUGAUUUGGAGAGAACAGUCAUCAGCAAACAGAGCAAAAAGACGUCUGAGAAUGGAAGUCUACUUCCGCUGUAUGCUGGGAGCCCCGUUGCCGUAGCAACAGAGAGCCAGUCCCCGACAACGCAAGACACCAUCCGCCUGAUUGUGAGGGGGAGUCUGGGCAGCUGUAGCAGCAGUAGUGAAUGUCUGGAAGACAGCACAACCGGCAGCGUGGCAGAGACCGUUGCGAGUGUGUUGAGGGGAUGUCUGGAGAACAUGCCUGAAGCAAACGACAUUCCUCAGGCCUCAAACAGCUGCAGUCUUCAGUGGGUGACUAAGUGGGUGGACUACUCCAACAAGUAUGGCUUUGGCUACCAGUUGUCUGAUUACACCGUGGGAGUUCUCUUCAACAACGGCACUCACAUGAGCCUCCUCCCCGACAGAAAGACCAUCCAUUACUACGCAGGGCUGGGCCAGCGUUCUGUUUUCCCCACCACCGAGGUUCCUGAGCACUUAGUGGGCCAGUUGACUGUGCUCAAGUACUUUUCACACUACAUGGAGGAGAACCUCAUGGAUGGCGGAGACCUCGGCACUGUGCAAGACGCACACAUGCCCAGACUCUACCUGCUGCAGUGGCUCAAGUCCGACCGCGCCCUCAUGAUGCUGUUCAACGAUGGCACUUUCCAGGUCAACUUUUACCACGAUCACACCAAGAUCAUCCUGUGUUGCCAGAGGGAGGAGUACAUGGUGACUUACAUCAACGAGGAACGUGUGUCCAAGACCUUCAAACUCAGCUCCCUUCUGACGUCCGGCUGCCCCGCCGACCUGCGUCAGCGCGUGGCGUACUCCCUCAGUAUGCUCUUGCAGAGAUGCAGCUAAACCCACAACGGAACAUUUUGCAUGGACAAACUGAGCAAACCACUCACUGUGUUCCUGCAGAGCUGCAGAGGAACCGACGUGCGGCCCGUUGAACACGGGCAGAUUGCAAGGAUGGACUCCAGCAAAAAAUGAAUGAACAUUCUUACACUCCUGCACUGUUGUGACGUGGCGUUGGUGCAGAUGAAACUAGGAGGCAGAGAGUCUGAAAGAGCCUGGCAAUAUGACAUGUAGCACAACGAACGUGGACAGAAAAAAAAGGGCUGAUUUGUAUGUUGAUUGUUGGAAAGGAGGAGGGACUGGGUAUGUUGGUACGAAUGUGAACCCCAGUUGUUCGUAGGGAUACAGAGGGAAGUUUGGGAAGUAAAGGCAAGUGCUGGGCUGGGACCAGCUUAAAUGUGUUCAGUAGUUGUUGGACUCCAGAGGCACAAACCCACGCUCUGAACUUAAACAGAGCUCAUCUGUAAGAUAUUGUUAAUGUUGUACAGUGUGCGUCUCAGCCUUCUGAGCAGUGUAAAGAAAUGACUUGCCGAAGUGUGUGUGGAUGCCACAGAGCUUGACUGUUCACAUGUAUGCGUGCAUCUCUCUGAGUGUGUGGGGUGUAAUAUCACACUUACUUUUAAAACUGUGAUUUUGUCCUUUUUAAGAACAGAUGGCCUCAGCACAUUGAGCUGGGCACCAGAGGGGUGGCAUGAGGGAGGGGGCAGGAGGAGAUAAUGACAUUGAGAAAAACAGUACUAGAGGUCCUGUAAGGAUCCUUUAUGAGCCAUUAUCACCUUGGUUUAAAAAAUGUGGUAAAUAACUUAUUAUGUGAGGAAAGUGCAGUAUUUAUUUAUUUAAUAAAAACGAGCGUUUUAAAAAAAGA